CGAAUGAAUCCCACAUCAGGAGCGCUAAGCCCUCUCCCCCGUCCCAUUGGAACUGCCAACACCACCAAGAACCCGGUGGUGACUGCAGAGAUGUGCUGUUACUGCUUUGAUGUGCUCUACUGUCACCUCUAUGGCUGCCCACAGCCACGACUUCCUAGAUUCACCAAUGACCCCUAUCCACUGUUUGUGACAUGGAAAACAGGGCGGGAUAAGCGGCUCCGGGGCUGCAUUGGAACCUUCUCAGCCAUGAAUCUUCACUCAGGACUCAGGGAAUACUCGUUAACCAGUGCACUUAAGGACAGCCGAUUUCCCCCAAUGAUGCCGGAGGAGCUACCUAAACUUUUCUGCUCUGUCUCCCUCCUUACUGACUUUGAGGAUGCCAGUGAUUACCAGGACUGGGAGGUAGGGGUCCAUGGCAUUCGAAUUGAAUUCAUCAAUGAAAAGGGCAUCAAAUGUACAGCCACAUAUUUACCUGAGGUUGCUAAAGAACAAGACAGGGAUCAGAUUCGGACCAUAGACUCAUUGCUCAGGAAAGGUGGUUUUAAGGCUCCUAUUACCAGUGAAUUCCGAAAAACGAUCAAACUCACCAGGUACCGAAGUGAGAAUGUGUCACUCAGUUAUGCAGAGUAUAUUGCUUCUUGCCAGCACUGUUUCCAGAAUGGCACUCUUCAUGCCCCGCCCCUCUACAAUCAUUACUCCUGA